ACGUGCCUUAAAACACUACCGUUAUCAUUACAAGCAAGACCAACUCAAUUUCCCAAUGUUUCCACCUUACACAAUCCCCAACUUGUCCCUCCAAACUCUCUAAAGAAUGUCCAUCACGUUUAGACAACCUUAUAGUCUCCAAAUGUAUCUCCUCAACAUUCAUAACUAACUUCCGCUUUCGAAAAAUGGAGUCCUCUUCCUCCACCUCCGCCCCCGAUUCCUCCCCACGGCGGCCCUACCGCUUCACUCCAACGCAACCCCUCACCGACCGUGCAAUCCGUGCUGUUCGCCACCGUCUCCGCCUCCUCCACCGGGUGGAUUCCAUGUUCUUUGUACUAGGAGCGACGGGAAAUGUGUACACCGUUAACUUAUCCACUGUCCCCUCGUGUACCUGCCCGGAUAGGACAGUUCCGUGUAAACAUAUUCUCUUUGUGUUAAUUCGCGUACUUGGAAUUCCACUUGAUGAUUCUUGCCUUUGGCGUCGGAGUCUUAGGCCGUGCCAACUCCACCGGCUGCUGAGCUUGCCUACUUCGGACGAAGCUUUGGCCGGAGACCAAGUGAGGGAAAGGUUUCACCAGCUGUUUUUGCAAGCGACGCCGAGUAGUUCGCGGCCGUGUGUGGAGGUGGAAGGUGGCGCUGCCUGUCCGGUUUGUCUAGAGGAGAUGAAGAAAGGAGACAACGUGGUGGCUUGUGGGACUUGCAAGAAUCCAAUUCAUGAAGAGUGCUUAUUGGCGUGGAAGAGGAGUAGCCGGAGAAGAUCCACCACUUGCGUAAUCUGCCGUGCACGGUGGCGUAAUAUUGCAGAACAAGAAAAGUAUUUGAAUCUCUCAGCUUAUAUUAAUGAAAAUGACAUGCCAGAGGGUCAUGAUGGUCGAUGUGGCGGUUAAUUCAAGAAUCAAUGCCUUCACAUGUUAGAGUGAAAGUUAAUUAGUAGAAUUUAGGGUUUAAAUUCUUCUGUAAAUACAUUUCUUUAGAUUUUAGAGCUGCAAUAAUUUGUAAAUAAUUCAUAUUGUUUUCAAAAUCUAACUCUAGAGUAGAAUCUAUUUA